AUGCGUCUUAAAAGGAAAGUGCUGCUGUUGGUCCCGUGGCUCUCAGCCCUCUUGCUGCUCAAGCGUUACCUCAGGAACGACCGAGCAGAAGAGCUGCCGCUCUCAGAAUGGUUUGAUCCCAGGAAACGCCCUGAUGUGGUAACCACCACGAGCUGGCACGCUCCCGUGAUCUGGGAAGGCACGUUCAGGAGACAGGUGCUGCAAAGACACUACAGGAAGCGGAACCUCACUCUGGGCCUGGCUGUUUUUGCUACCGGCAGCCUCGCCGACGAGUACCUGGAGCCGUUCCUGCUCUCGGCGAAUGAGUACUUCAUGAGAGGCCACAGGGUGGUUUUCUACGUCCUGGUGGACACCCUGGACCGGCUGCCCGAGCUCGAGUGGGGGCCCCUCCGACGGCUGGAAGUGUUUAUCGUCUCGGACGACGGCUGGCCGUCCGACUUCCAUCUCAGGCGCAUGAGCAGCCUGGGCAGGCACAUCGUUGAAGGCAUCCAGGGCGAAGUCGACUUUCUCUUCGGUAUGACUGUCACCCAGAUCUUCCAGAACCACGUCGGGGUGGAGGCCCUGGGCACGCGGGUGGCUCAGCUGCACGGCUGGUGGUACUUCCAAAACCCCAGGCGUUUCCCCUACGAGCGGAGGCCCACGUCGGCAGCCUGCAUCCCGUUUGGACAGGGCGAUUUCUAUUACGACGGCGCGUUCGUGGGUGGCACGCCCCUGGAGGUGCUCGACCUCAUUGACGAGUACCUGAAAGGCGUCAUUCACGACCUCAACACCGGGCUGAACAGCACCUACGAAAAGCAUCUCAACAAAUACUUCUUCCUCCGGAAGCCCACCAAGCUGCUGUCCCCCGAGUACAACUGGGACGCCGAGUUCUACCCGCCGCCCCAGGUCCAGUACGUCAAGGUGGCCCAGCGGUCCAAAAGGAAGUUCUGA